GCAGCAGCCGGCCAUCGAUCAGUUUAACGGUUGAAGCGCGAACGUCAAGAUCGGAUCGGGAACUUGUAACGAACGGAAAGUCAGUUGUGACCGCGAGUUGGGUGAAAAAUUUAAGUGUGCGACCGUCUCAAGUGAUAAGCGGAACCGAAAUUUUAAAAAUAAAACCAGCAAAAACAUAAAGAUUACUAGCCGUUAACGAUAAGGCGUUUGUUAGUUAGGACUUUAGGAGCUACAUACGAUCAGCAGAAGACGACAACAGAGUGCAGAAGCCUAAUCAAUCACCAACUUAACUGAUCAGCGGGAGUCGACGACAGGAUGAGAUCAUUCCUUCUUAUUGCGGCGCUACUUGUUGCAGCAGCCGUUGCCGUUCCCGUGGAAGAGGCACAAGCACAAGGACUAGAAUGCGUCCCCAACAGUUCCUUCAUGGAUCAAUGCAACAGAUGUCGCUGUUCUUCAGAUGGCAAGGUGAAAUCAUGUACCCGCAAGCAGUGCGUCAGCGAGGAAAUGGCCGAUGACCCAAGAGUUCACGAUUCCGUGGUGUCCCAGAAUGGUGUGCCAGAAAAGGAAGAAGAACAGGUUCACACCAACGGCCAAGUGUGCACACCCAAUGAGGUCAAAAUGGAGGACUGCAAUCGGUGCAAAUGUGCCAACAACGGAAUCGGAUGGUUCUGCACCCGGAAGGCCUGUCCACCGAAGGCAAAACGAGAUGCCCAAAUGGAAGAGAAGAAGUGCGUUCCCGGAACCAAUUUCAAGGCCGCUGACGGUUGCAACCAAUGUUUCUGCACCGAUAAUGGACAAGCCGCCUGUACCCUGAUGGAAUGUGAAAGCCGAGUCCGACGAAAUGCCCCCGCACCAGAACCGCAAUGCAAGGCGGGAACGACUUUCAAGAGUGCGGAUGGUUGCAACGAUUGCUUCUGCACUGACAACGGAAUUGCUGCUUGUACUCAGAAGUUUUGUUUCCCAAAACAGAAACGUGAUGCUGAUAAGGAAGAACUUCCCGUGGUGAAGGUUGCUCCUUACGAUCCCAGCUUCACUUGUACACCUGGUAGCCGUUUCAAGUACGAAUGUAAUACCUGUUUCUGCCACAAUGAUGGAAAAACUGCCGCCUGUACCUUCAAGUACUGUAUUCCGGGAGAAUUUUAGAGGCUGAUAGAGUGAUUUUCCUGCAUGACAGAUAGACAGACAUAUACCUCUUUUAAGCUAACUCUAUUAUUAUGUUUUUGAUGCUCUAUCCAACAACGGUAGAAUAGUGAUUCUUCUUCCCUGUUUAAGAUACUGAAUAAAUGAUGUAUUAUAACAUGAUA